CUUUUUGCAUAUAUACACAUAUAGUACAUCUAUUUAUCUCAGUUUCAGUGGAUAUACGUUAUCGUUCCUCGCCUCAUGAAAUUUUCAACAUUCAAAAACUUACUUUUGCCCGUGAUAAAGUGACUCGUGACAUCAAAUUUCUGAUCCCUACGAAAAAGCUUCAUAAAGUUUAUUUGUAAUUCUAAUUCGGUUUUUUUUUCUCGUUAAAAACGAAUCUGAUGGAAAAACUGACGGAGGAACAGGAAGAGAAACUCUGCCUGGCUAGCCUCCCUUUGCGCAACUAUUUGAUGAAAUACGUGUUGCCAACCUUGACGCAAGGACUCAUCGAAGUUGCAAAUUUGCGUCCAGACGACCCGGUUGAUUAUCUCGCUGAAUAUCUGUUUAAAGAAAAUCCAGAGGGCAAGAUGUUCGAGCCGGAGCACACGAAUGCGAUGGCCUCGAUUCUAAACAUGAUCGACAAAUUCAAUACGUUCUUGCUUCCCGAGGAAGAGGUGAGCAGCCAAGUAUUAGAAAUGUUGAAACGGAAAUCGCCAAUGGAGGAAAUAGAUUCCAGCGAUUCGGACGUGUGCACGAUUCAAAAGACUUAUGUCACGCCGUGUUACACUUACGACGAGGAGGACACGGGCGUGGAUGAGGAGAAUGAAAUAAUCUCCGAGCUGACCGAAUCCAACGAAGACGAUUGACGAAACUCGAGGACAGGAAGAUGCAGGUCCCGGAGGAUUUGCAUUUGUUUGGACAAACGGAUUGAUAAUUAAUUAAUCUGCACGUGACACGAUAAUGGCAAUAUUUGGUUUUGGCAACGUCAUCCGGAAUUCCUGUAAUUUGUUGAGCCGUGCAUACUAAUGAGUCGUUGCAAAGCGAUAUUUGCAUAAUGUAUCGAUUGCUAGGGUAUCUUUGUCUUUUUUGGAUCGGAUAUAUUUUGAAAUUACAAGUUUUACUUGGAUAAGAAAAUUGUUAUUCAGUUUGUGUAUGAAGAUAAAAUAUAUUGAUACGUUUUAAGAGGAUUGAUAAGAAAUAUUGAAAAUGUUUAAUAAUUUUCGUUUUGGAUAUUUGGAUCCGGAGGAAGAUGGAAUGAAUGAAUAUAUAUUUGUGCGAAUAAAAGUUAAA